AUGGCAAAGAAAAUCGUCAAGAAGCAGGAGAUUUCCAUCAAGAAGCAAGAGAUUUCUAUCAAGAAGAUCGAAAAGAAAGAAGAUCCUGUUGUGUCCGAAAACGAGGACUCCCAAAGCGAUGUUGAAUCUGUAGAUCAAGAAUCCGAUGCCGAAGCUGAGCGUGACAGCUUCAACGGAUCAGAUAUGGAAAGCGAUGCUGACGAUGAAGAAGAAGAGAAUGACGAAUACGAACCCAUGGAAGUUGACCCUCACACAGUCAAGCCCAAGAAGAAGGUUGUCACCGAUGAGGCAUUCGCAGAAGCUAUGAAAAACAUUCUCGGUAGUACUUUGAAAGCUGCAGACAAAAAGCAACCAAUUCUAGCAAGAUCCAAAGGUACCGAGCGUAAGAUCGAAGAUGAAAGAUUAGAUCACAAGGCACGUAAGGUUCUAUCAGCAGAGAAGAGAGCCCUUAAAGCCCAGGGACGAGUUGUUCCUGACUUUACCAACAUGGAAUAUGAGAAGGCACUGAGAAAGGUUGCCACACGAGGUGUUGUCAAGCUGUUCAAUGCUAUCAAUACACAGCAAAAGGUCACAGAUGUUGCAGUAAGCAAAGCAUCAGAGGUUCGCAAGGCCAAGGUGGCCAUCGAAAAGGCAAAGACAAUGUCUGUUAUGCCAAAAUCAAGCUUCUUGGAGCUUCUCAAGGUCGGAAACGAUUCCAAGAAAUAG